AUGUCAUCCUCCAUAGAACCCAUCAAAGUAAUAGGCAACAAGUUCUACGGUUCAUUAACGCACCAGCAAUUCUUCAUCAAGGGCAUAGCAUAUCAAAAAACCCGCCAGGAAGGCGAAGUCUACGACCCCGUGAAAGAAACCAACUACAUCGACCCCAUGUCGAACCCGUUUUCGUGCUUGCGCGACUUGGAGCACCUCAAGGAGUUGGGGAUCAACUUAGUCAGGAUCUACCAGAUUAACCCCUUGGCGAACCACAAUGUGUGCAUGGACGCAUUCGCUGAGGCGGGCAUUUACGUGUUGGCAGACUUGGGCGAGCCGUAUUGCUCCAUCAGGCGCGAUUUCCCGCAUUGGGACACGGAGUUGUUGCAACGGUACAAGGCUGUGAUUGAUGCCAUGGUUGGAUUUGAUAAUUUGUUGGGGUUUUUCGCAGGUAAUGAAGUUGCUGAUCUGCAGUCUAAUGUUGACUCUGCUCCGUUUGUUCGCGCUGCUAUCAGGGACGUGAAGAAGUAUAUGAGGGAUAGAAAGUAUAGGAAAGUGCCUGUGGGGUAUGCCACCAAUGACGAUGCUACGAUUCGAGAGUACUUGGCGAAUUACUUUGUGUGUGAUUUGAACGACCCGCACCCGGACCACAGAGAAGAUGAAGGGUUGGACUCAAAGGCUGAUUUCUUUGCUAUCAAUGUUUACGAGUGGUGUGGCUACUCGACUUAUACAACUUCGGGGUACCGCGAACUCACAGCGGCGUUCAAAAACUACCCCGUGCCGGCAUUUUUCAGCGAGUUUGGCUGUAAUAUGAUUACACCUAGACCGUUUACUGAAGUUGAAGCGCUUUAUGGUUCAACGAUGAGAAAGACGUGGUCAGGCGGGAUUGCAUAUGAGUAUUUCGAAGAGGUCAACCACUAUGGAAUCGUGUUGCCUAAACAGGACGGUCUGGUUUUGAAGCUUCCCGAUUUCGAAACUUUAAAGAAUAGAUUCAACUCUGCGCAACCACCGGGUUUGCCAAUUGAUCAAGUUGAAAAAAAUGAGCCCGUUUCGUGUAUGCAAAACGCGGCGGUUUGGCAAGUUGCUUCUAAAUUGCCCCAGACACCGGACAAGGGCAAAUGCGAGUGUCUCUUUGACUCAUUGAAUUGUGUAGUUGUCGAGAGUGACUCGUUUGACGAGGAGGCGAUAUUGAGGGAUCUUUGCUACAAAAUCGACUGCGAGCAUAUCAGCACGAAUGGCAAAUUGGGCAGGUACGGGAAGUUCAGCGACUGCGAGUCCAUUGUGCGAGCUUCGUAUGCGCUCAACAAAUACUAUGAGCAGACGGGGCGGAGGAGAGAAGUAUGCGAAGUGCAGAAUAGAGGUGUUUUGGUGAAAGAAGGACAAGUGGAUUUGAGUACAAAAUUCAGCAAAGAUGGACGCAAUUGUCAGAGCUUGUUGAAUGGCGCUAGUUCGUCUGAAGAAACGGUCAAAGAGGACACCGAGCGUGAACCAGUGUCGAUAUUACCUCCUGCAUCCACUCGGAUCCUCAGCUCGGAAGCUCAUUUAUUCUCGUGGACAAAGUACCUCCUUAUGGUGAUCCUCGCUUUAUACUAA